GGACUACGAUCCAAGUCUCGUUGGAGGAAACCAAAGUACCGGGGACCUGGGAGUGAGCGCGCACACCUACAGGCCGUACCCUCUGUUAAUGCCACCUCCCGAGAGCUCGCGACUGCUAAAAAUGAUCGGCUGCAUGCAGGGCUUUCUGUAUCUGUCGGUGCUGGUGACGUUCGCCGCCUGCAACGCGCCCCCGGUCCCGUUAGACGACAUCCUCAUUGAGAAAACGUUCGUGCCGGAGCAGUGCGCCCGGGCGGUUCAAGUGGGAGACUAUGUCAGGUACCACUACAUCGGCACGUUUCCGGACGGAAAGAAGUUUGACUCCAGCUAUGACCGUGGCACCACUUACAAUGUAUUUGUUGGCAAGAAGCAGCUGAUUCAAGGCAUGGAUAAAGCUCUGGUGGGGAUGUGUGUCAACGAGAGGAGUCUGGUGAAGAUCCCUCCUCAGCUCGCCUACGGGAAACAAGGAUACGGAACCAUCAUCCCUCCCGACGCCAUCCUGCACUUCGAUGUCCUGCUGCUGGACGUGUGGAACCCGGACGACGGCGUGCAGACCAACACCUACCACACGCCGCCCGUCUGCUCCAGAAAGGUGGAGGUGUCGGAUUUUGUCCGUUACCACUAUAACGGCACCCUGCUGGACGGCACCCUGUUUGACUCCAGUCACACCCGCAUGCGGACCUACGACACUUACGUCGGCAUCGGCUGGCUGAUUGCCGGUAUGGAUCAGGGCCUCCUGGGAAUGUGUGUCGGAGAGAGACGUAUCAUCACGAUGCCCCCAUCACUCGGGUACGGAGAGAACGGAGACGGGAGCGACAUCCCCGGACAGGCGUCUCUGGUCUUCGACGUCGUCUUGCUGGACCUCCAUAACCCCCGGGACGGGAUCACGGUCACCAACCAGCAGGUGCCCGAGUCCUGCACCAGGACAUCCGUGGCUGGAGACUUUGUCCGCUACCACUACAACGGCAGCCUCCUGGACGGCACCUUUUUUGACUCCAGUUAUUCUCGUAAUCGUACGUAUGACACCUACGUGGGCCAAGGCUACGUGAUCGCCGGCAUGGACGAGGGUCUGAUUGGAGUCUGUGUGGGAGAGAAACGCACCAUCACCAUUCCUCCACAUCUUGCCUAUGGAGAGGAGGGGACAGGCUCUAAGAUCCCCGGUUCGGCCGUGCUGGUGUUUGAUGUUCACAUCAUCGACUUCCACAACCCUGCCGACAGCACCGUGGUCACCGUCACUUCAAAGCCAGAGGAGUGUGACGUGCACACCAAGAAGGGAGACUUCGUCAAAUACCACUACAACGCCUCUCUGAUGGAUGGCACGCCCAUCGACUCCACGUAUAAUUAUGGAAAAACAUACAACAUUGUGCUUGGAGCGAACCAGGUCGUCCCCGGGAUGGAGGACGGACUCAUGGACAUGUGUGUGGGAGAGAAAAGACACCUCGUCAUUCCUCCCCACCUGGGCUAUGGAGAGAGAGGAGUCACUGGCGAAGUCCCAGGCAGCGCCGUGCUGGUGUUUGACAUCGAGCUGGUGGAGAUGGAGGAAGGACUUCCUGAAGGUUACAUGUUCAUCUGGAACGAGGACGUGUCCCCCGACCUCUUCGCCGAGAUGGACAAGAACGAGGACAAAGUGGUGGAGCCCUCUGAGUUCACCGACUACAUACUGCAGCAGGUGAACGACGGCAAGGGUCGCCUGGCCCCCGGCUUUGACCCCUAUCGGAUCAUUGACAACAUGUUCUCCAACCAGGACCGCGAUGGAGACGGAAAGAUCACAGAGGCAGAGUUCAAACUGAAGGCAGAUGAGUCUGCUGCCCAUGACGAGCUAUAACGGGAC